UUUGCCUCGAGGGCGUUAUUCGAACCGGGUUGCUAGGAUACGAGUCUACUCGGGGACCAAUGGGGGAGGACCUUCCGUUAUUAUGCCGUUCGGCCCCGUCCGGACGCUUGAGGCAGAAGAGGGAACGGCGAGCUUGGAUUACAGCGGGAGUCGGUCCGACGGUUCGUCUUUCUCUUCGUGGGUCGAAGUCGUGUGAGCGCGGCCCCUGAUCCUCCUUGUUCGGUACAGAGGAAAACGACGGCUGUUUUAGAGAAGAACAUGUCCAGAGAGGCGCACUGCUUUGCGGUCACAGCUCCGCGGUCGUCCUCUGGACCUGCCCCUGCGUUUGUUUCGUAGUCGAGAAGGAUUCGCGACUGGGAUUCUCAGACCAGCGGCACCGGCGGCGGCGGGUGGUGGCGGCUUGAGGCGGCGGCGGGCGACUGGUGCCCCCUGCUCGCCUUGAGCCCCUCCCCUGCGAUGGGAAAUGGGUUGUCGGAGCAGACGCCGAUUCUGUCGAGCCUUCCUUCCUUCCAGUGCUUCCACAUCGUGAUCCUGGGGUUGGAUUGCGCUGGCAAGACCACCGUCCUCUACCGGCUACAAUUCAACGAGUUUGUCAACACCGUCCCCACCAAAGGUUUCAACACCGAGAAGAUCAAGGUUACUCUGGGCAACAACAAAACGGUCACUUUCCACUUCUGGGACGUCGGAGGCCAGGAGAAGUUGCGGCCCCUCUGGAAGUCCUACACCCGCUGUACAGACGGCAUCGUCUUCGUGGUGGAUUCUGUAGACGUGGAAAGAAUGGAAGAAGCUAAAACAGAACUGCACAAAAUCACGAGGAUCUCGGAGAACCAGGGGGUGCCUGUGCUCAUUGUGGCCAACAAGCAGGACUUGAGACAUUCAUUGUCGCUCUCAGAGAUGGAAAAAAUGUUGGCCACCAGUGAGCUGAGCUCUUCCACUCCUUGGCACUUGCAGCCCACCUGUGCCAUUAUAGGAGACGGCCUCAAAGAGGGACUGGAGAAACUGCAUGAUAUGAUAAUUAAGCGAAGGAAAAUGCUAAGGCAGCAAAAAAAGAAGAGAUGAGCUGCUGUGACCACGUGGGGCAAUUCCUCCUUGGCAUUUGACUAAAAUCGUUUCCAGCACCUGGCCUGCUUGUUUGGAUCCUGUACAGCUUGUCUAAUAAACAGUUGGCCUGGUUGGAAGCUUUGCAGACACAGACCUUUUACUUGGUUUCCCCACAAAAUCUUUGGGCACUACAGUUUUGUUUUUUUAAAAAACCAAGACAAAAUAGGUCCCUUGUUACAUAGUACAAAAUAGUCAGGAAACAGAUGGGUGGGUAAAUGUGACCUGGAUGUCUAAAUAGCCAAAAAAACCCAAAAAACAAUGAAGAGUGUUCUGCUUGGUGGUGUAGUCAUGUUUGAGAGUGCCUUUGCAAGGCAAUUGCAUUUAUGGCAUUCAGUGUUAUUCAGCUACUGCCUGUAUAAGUGGAGUGUUUAGAUGAAGAUAUACAGCUUUAAAAUAGUAUCUUUUAAACAUAUAUGGAGCUAGAAAACCAUUAUUUAAGGAAGCGGUGAAUGCAGAGGAUUUUAAAAUGAAAGGUUGGCUGUGUGGUAUGCUUUUAAACUGGUUUUCUUAAAAUAACACUUGGUGCUCAGAUUUGAAAUAUCACUACUGUGAUACUCAUGUUAUCUGAAGCUUGUUAGAGGAAAAAGUAUGGAAUAUGUAAGAGCAUGGAUGAGUUUCCUGAUAAUGUAGCAUGUCUUGGUGUGUAGGGGUUCUUUAGAAAUAGCUGUGCAUCGUUAAGCAGUGCUAAUCAGGUCUGGACCAUACUUGUUUGUCCCAGGAGACAUAUUCUAGAAAGAUUGCUUUCCAAGAAAACACCAAACAAUUAGACAAAAGUUAAUUACUACCAUAAGGGACUUGGGUUUCAGGAUACUUAUAGUGCAAUAUUACCUUUAAAUGAAAUAGAUGGCAAUAAAAUUUGAUCAGAAUUCAUUUUAAAUCAAGCUUAAAGAAGCAGAGCAACAAGUCCCAUGUACCCAAAGCUGUUUAAAUGUAUUAUGAGGUAUUCUUAUUAUACUCACAGUAUUCUUAGGAAUGUAUUGAGGCUUUAUACACUUGAAAACUUUUACACUGUGGGAAACACAAAGAGUUUAAAGAUGAUCUGUCUAAUCAUACUGUAAGCAUUUCUUGUUUAUAGUUAUGCAAACAGUGUUAACUGAAAUGGUGGGAAUUUGUAUGCUGGAAAGAGGCUUUUUUUCUCAUUGGUACAUUUUUUUUAAAAAAAUGGUCAAUUUAAGUAGCAAGUUAAAGGGCUAAAGUAAAGCCUGUGUUACUCUAAUGGUGCUGUGAAAUAUAAUAAUUCCAUGGAGAACAAGGGAGAAGGCUUAAAAGGGUUGUCCUCCCCUUGGCACAACAAACAAAGUUUGUGUGUUCUAAUGCCUAUUAGCCAGAUUAUCUCUCCCUAUAACCACAAUACUGAAUGUCAGGAAAUAUAAGUUGUAUAAAAGCAAAUUUUAUAGCCAGAAACUGCUUAGAGGGUAACAAAAAUGCACUUUAGUGUUUCUCAAUACUGAAAGUGACAGCUUUUAAAAAAAGAAGUAAUGAAAUCCUGGUCCUUUUUUGAAAAAAAUUAAGUAGCUUCCAGUGGAGCUUUUGUACGGUGGUUAUAUGUACCUGCACUAGUGACACUAUAAGUCACUUAAUGUCUAUAUUUAUAGAAACAUGGAUAACUUCUCAGUCAACUCUACUCCACAUGAGUAGUUGAUGACAAGUUGACAACAUUUUACUGUUCGGAUCUUGCUUUUUAUCAGAACUGUCUGCAUGAAACUGAACUCUUUAUUCACGUGCGAUUUGUAAAAUGUGACAAUGUUUUAAAAAAAUCACAGGUAUCUUAUUAAAGAUUUAAUGGCAAUUUG